AAUGUUUCAGUUAAUAUAAUCCGUGAAGAUAUACAAUUCGAUAAAAACAAGUGCGUUCGUUACAAAAAAUUAUCCUUUUUUUGUGCAUAUAUAUGUCCGAUUCUAUUAAACUUACAAUUCAAAUUCUUUGUUGGACUACAACAGUGCAGUGUGAAAUUCCAAAAGAGUUUAAAUUAAAUAAAAAGUCACUUCCAUUUAAGUGUACAUUUGUUCUGCUUAUUUAAAAACAAAAAACAAAAGAGUUUUUGCCGAGAAUCCUUUUUAUUCAAAAUAGAAAAAUAUUAAUAUCAAUUACCUAUUUGUAGGAAAUUGGCAAGUUCAGUUAUCAAAAAAAGUACUAAAAAAGAAUUCAAAUUGAUACUGGGAACACUUGAAAAAAAUCUCAUGCGGAAUUGUUCAGCUAUUUGGGCAAAAAAGCUACAAAACAAACAAGCAAAAAAGUGAAUAAGAACAUUCUCUAUAAAGCUAUCAUCGUUUUCCUACUAAGUAGUAACGUUGGGAUAAAAUUUUUCAAAAACCAAAAAAAAAAAAAGUUAAAUCUAGAAUCUCUAUAAAGGACACAUAAAAAAACACGAAAAAAGUUUGCUUUUACUUGUUUUUGGCAGAUGCUCAGAACUGUUUUAUUUUUUUUUUUGUUCAUUGCUCUUUUAUAUUUUUUCAUCUACCGGAAAUUGAGGAUAUAAAUUUUCACAUUGCAUUUUCUCAAAAAAUUGUUUUUAAACAAAAAAAGAAGUAAAAUCACAAAAAUAUAAAAGAAAACAAAAAAAAAAAAAUAGGAAGGGACUGCAUUUGUCUAGAUUUAUUGAGCGUACGUUGUGUUAAAUACUGUUGGUGAGGAUAUAUAUUUUUGCUGUUGCCGAAUAUAUACUAUAUAAUACAACCAAUUGAAAAAUCGCUUCCAUCUGGUGCAUGUUCUUAUUCCUCACAGAUUUUCUCUUGUUUUAUAACAACACAUAAAACAUACACUUGAGUUACAGUACAGAGAAAAUCCCAAAAUAAAAAGGAUAUAUUCUACAAUUUCCGAAAUUCCGGCACUGUGUGAAUUUUAACUGCUUCAAGGAACACACAUUCUAUAUCUACACGAGAGCAGCGAAAUGAUGAUGGCAGCAGGAGUUUUGAAACUUUGUGAAUCGUACAAGUCUUUUGCAAUGAUAACACAAUUUUUGAUUGUGGGUGUUAGUGUUUGCAUCUGUAUUGUGAAUGCUUUUGAUGACAACGAUUAUAGUAAUGAACCAAGGGACAUUCCUUAUCAAAUCCAUCAUCAACAACAACAACUCCAACAACAACAACAACAAAUGCCAUUUAGUUUUGAAAAUUUGCAACGUUUACGUGCAAAAUUACAAAAUGGUGCUCCUUAUCGAUAUGAAAACAACAGAAAUGCCAACUCAAAUCAAAAUAACAGAAAUACUUACAAAAAUGACCAAAGGAUAGAACCAGAAGAACCAGCAGCAGUACCAAAAGAUCAAGAAAUAAGUGGUGUCCAAAAAACCCAUCCGAACGACAAUAACCAACCAAAAUUCAAUGAAAUGGAGUUCUUCGACGAAUUUGAAUCUAACCUCCCUUAUGGAAUCCAAAAUGUCCGACGGGAUCUCAGCAGUCGAUCUAGCCGCAGCCAACCGCUACGUAUGCACAAACCAAAAACCACUUUCCAAUCGUUGUGUCCCUCCAAGCGUCUAGUCAUCCCACUGGAGACCAUCGAAUACAUAUACCGUCCGGAUCACUAUGAGGAAGUUACCUGUUACCACAGUUACGCACCGAACCGGGACUACCUUUCCGAAACCAAUAAGGUUUGCAGCGAAGCAGGAUUCACUUGUAUCCAAUUGAAUCGGACUGUGUAUCUGACGAGGCGUGCCAAGGGUUCCGAAUGCUGGGAAUCUGAGACGAGAAUCGUACCGUCUGGCUGCGAGUGUAUGUGGCCGAAGCACACCUUCGGUGACAUCAUCACGUACCAUUGAAUUUACAAAGGACCACAUCAAUAUCACAAACAGUACCACCAAUUGUAAAACCGUUAACAACACAUAUCUAUCCAAACCAGAGACUCCUAACCAUUCAACAUACAACACGCAUUCAUAUUGUAACCAAAUAAUUUGAUGAAACAAUUCGAAUUAUUCAUUAAAUUAAUUUCUACAUUAUUCGAUUAUAAAAAUAAUAAUAAUAUUUUAUUUAUUUUAUUGAUUGUUUGAAAUUUUAACCAUUUGAUUGUGUUUACACCACAACUACCAUCUACUUUUGUUGUGUUGCCAGGAAGAGUGUCUUUUCGAUAUGCAAAUAAUCUCAAAAAUUAUUGUCAUCUGUUUUGUUAAUGAAAAUUGUGUGUGACCAAUUUAAAUGUGUAAUUUAAUUAUAUUUCAAUAUUUUUUUAUCAAACAGAAAUUUUAUUAAAUUAAAUUUUGUUGUCAUUUAUUUCAAAUAAAAUUUUAUACUUAUAUUUAUUUAUUCACUUAUAGCUACAUUUAUAAUAAUAUUUUACAAUACCAAAACAUGUCAAUUACAUAUCAUAGAAAUUUUUAAAAAAGUUUAUAAUAUUGUCAAUAAGUUUAAAAAAGAAGAAGUUUUUUU